AUGGCCGCAGCUACAGCAACAAACCUCGACGCGCCGUCGCAAACCACGCCACAAGCUGCAGAUGCAUCCACAAGCACGCAAUUCGCCCCCGUCAACAUCGGCACGCGCAACUCCACCCUCGCGCAGAUCCAAGCCCGCGCCGUCGCCGCCGCAUUGAAAAGCGCGCAUCCCGAGAGGACUUACAACAUCUGCCCAGUCGUGGUGGAGGGCGAUCGGGACAAGAUCACGCCUCUGCAGCAGUUGAGCCAGGGCGAGAAUGCGAAGAGCCUGUGGACCGGGGAACUGGAAACGAUGUUGGAGAAGGGGGAUUUGGAUAUAAUUGUGCACUGCCUGAAAGAUAUGCCCACCCAACUCCCCGACAAUCUCGAACUCGGCGCGAUUCUGGAACGUGAGGAUCCGCGCGAUGCGCUGCUGAUUUCUCCGCGGCUGCCGGGGGAUACGACGCUUGCGACGCUGCCUCAGGGCGCGACGAUUGGGACGUCGUCGGUGAGGCGUGCGGCGCAGUUACGGCGGCUGUAUCCGCAUCUCCAGUUUGCUGAUCUGCGCGGCAAUGUCGGAACACGGUUGGGCAAGCUGGACAAGGAAGACUCGCCGUACUCAGCCAUCAUACUGGCUGCCGCUGGACUGCGACGUAUGGGGCUAGAAAGCAGAAUCACGCAGUACCUGGACAGUGCGACGGGAGGCAUGUUGCAUGCAGUUGGCCAAGGCGCGUUGGCAAUUGAGAUCAGGAAGGACGACGAGACGAUGAAGGCAUUGCUGAACAAGAUUGCAUGCGAACGUACGACACGCGCGUGCUCUGCUGAGCGAGCGCUACUACGAGCAUUGGAGGGUGGAUGCAGUGUACCCAUUGGCAUCGAGACAUCAUGGCGCGGCGGCAAGGGUCUAGCAGUUGGUGCACAACCAGCGAAAGACUACGACAAGCACGGCAACGCAGUCGAAGAAGCCGAACCCGAUCUCGAUGACCAAGAGCUGGUCAUGAAGACGAUGGUAGUCAGCGUAGACGGCAAAGACGCGGUUGAACACGACGCAGUGCGAAAAGUGCGGUCGAAAGAAGAAGCGGAAGAGAUGGGCCGUGAAGUCGCUAAGAUAUUGAUUGAGAAGGGCGCGGAUCAGAUCUUGAAGAAGAUUAAUGUGGAGAAGCAGUGGGCGGCGAAGAAGCAGCUGGAGGAGCUGAAGGCGAAGACUGCAUCGUGA